AGCCUGCAGGAAUACAACAAAACACAGCUGAGCUGCUGCUCGGUGAACUUGAAGCGCUCUUUUGUUUAAUCAGUUGAUGCGCGCUUCACAUCUGCCAGGCUCCGCUGCCAGCACUGUGAAAAAGAUGCACCUCGAUAUGACUCUUCUUCAGAUUCUUGCUGUGCUCUUCCUGCCAGGUGCAUGGGGUCAGAGCAGCAGCGGGCUUGGUGUGGUGGUGGAGGCCAAGAACAUCACCCUCCCUGCGGGGUCUAAGGCCGUUCUGCCCUGCCACAGCCCCCGCAUGGUGUGGACCCAGGACAGACUGAAGGACCGUCAGAGGGUGGUGCACUGGGACUUGGUGCGCAGCAGCCCAGAGUAUUCUGUGGAGCGUGUCCUGGACAUGUCCCCUGGAGCCCGCCAGAGGGUCUACAAUGGCUUAAAUAAGGGGCGCAUUUCUAUCCCAGACUCUGCUUUCAGUGAUGGCAACUUCUCCCUUAUCAUCAACAAUGUGGUCACGACUGACAAAGGAGUUUAUACUUGUAAUCUGCACCAUCACUACUGCCAGAUUCACCAGUCCAUUCAAAUCCAGCUCAAUGUCACUAAGUCAGCUCGGAAAGAGAAACGUUACUGGGAUGGAGAGAAGACUGUGUUUGUGGUCUUGUUGGGCAACUCAGUGGCAUUGCCCUGUGUUAACCGGCGCUCCCUGUGGAGAGAGGGUCUCCAGGAGGACCAGCAGCAGGUGGCUCACUGGGACUUCCAGCCCCCUGGAGUGCGUCCUGAUAGGGCGGACCGCCUUGUGGACCUUUAUGCCUCUGGAGAGCGCCGGGAUUAUGGACCACUCUUUGCCCAAAGCAAGAUGAGUGUGGCGGAGGAUGCUUUUACUUUAGGGGACUUCUCACUAUCCAUUUCUGGCUUGAAGCCUGUUGACAAAGGCCUGUACUCCUGCCACCUGCAUCACCACUACUGUGGUCUGCAUGAGAGACGCAUCUUCAGACUCUCUGUGGGACCUCCACUUCCGUCCGCCCCCACUACAGCACCCAGAAUUUUCCAGAAUGAUGUGCCAGAGCCAAGGACUGAAGAGGUGGAGGGUCCACGUGUGGUGAAUGUCAUCCUCCCUGAGCAUCGAGGUUAUUUCGUGCAACAUUUGGGCUACUUCCUGGCAACUUUCUUACUGCUGGCGUUCAUCGUUGUCGCUGUCAUUGUGCUGACUCGACGGCGCAAAAAGCAAGGGCUGGAGUAUGAGCUGCGUAGAUCUGAUCGAAGAAAUGUGAUCAGUGGAGGUGAAAUGUCAUUAGACUGCACAGAGCUGAAGGCCUGUAACCAAGAACCUCUGAAUUCAGCCUACAAAAACAAUCUACUGAAAGAGAGAAAUAUGGCCAAAGACUGCAGUAUGGACUUUGAUGGGAAGCUGUUGAAGUGAGUGCAAUAUUUCUGAGAUGCUGCUGGCAGGUCCAGGGCAAACACCGGAAGAGUAAAGGACCGUUGAGAGAAGGGGAAAAAAAGAGAAAACCCAGGAGAGGACAGGAGGAAUGCUCCCUCUGCUGUAACUCUAGCACACUAAGCUUUUUCACUAAAAGCCACCAUAAUUUUUUACAUGUUAUUUUUUUAUAUAACUUGCAUUUUCACCAGCUGUUAUAACAAUAUGGUUAAACGUAUAUUUUAUCCAUACUCUUUGCAUUCAUUGGUUGUUUUAUGUUGAAUGUUUUUUAAUCACCCUUUUUAAUUUUUUUUUUUUACAAAAAUGCAUGCCGUUUAUUAAAGUAUGUUUUUAUGUGUACUUUGCAUGCUUACAGAGCUGCAAGCUCACAGCUCUUUUCCUUUCUUGAAAUUUGAUCAUUUUCUUUUUUUUUCACAAAUUUUGCUGUACUGUAAUUUGUAAAGGUAUUUCAUCAUGUUUCAAUGGUUAAUUUACUGUUAAUGUUUCAGACAGCGUUUGGAAAGUGCCCCACAUUUCUAGCUAUAGAUAAUACAACAUUUUAAACAGAUCAUAGUACUUUUUUACAAAACUCUACUGUGGUGACAAAACAUCUAAAUUAAAAAAAUAUUCUGGAUUUAAUGUAUUUUAGAUAUACAGACUUAAAUUUUUCUCCAUAUAAUAUAUUUUUUACUAAAUGGAUACAUACUGUGCAGUAGCCUCUUGGAGUAGAUCUGUUCAUUGAUAACUUAUCAGGUGAAAAAUAAUGAAUUUCUAGGACCAUGGACUAAAGGCUCCAUCUACCGAAACUCAGGAAAACAAAUUCUUUUAACCAUUUAUUUGGUUUUUAAUGGGCUGUGCAGUACUUGUUUGCAUCAAGCAUGUACAAUGCACCCUGGUUUGUAAAACACUGAAUCUUCAUUACUAAAUCUGCUGGUCAAUGAUGUGUUAUAAACUGUGUGGUUAUAGCUCUAUUUCGGUUUACUGCAGGAAGAAGAGUGUCUACUAUCUCAGUAAUGCUAAAUCACAAAGUGUAAUCUUAACCCCUUUUCCGUCCUUGUCUCUUGCUCACUUGCACACACUCUAAUGUUGGUCUCUAAAAAAAUAUUUCUUCUAUUAAAGAUUAACAACAGUGGCCACAGACUCAUCAAUCACUAUUUGUUCUAGUUUUUAGAGGGGGGUCCACAGACAUUAACCCACAUAUUUGAUGUUUGGAUGAAUAUGGAACUACGAUAUGAACUUGUAAUGUAUUAGUAGCCUCUGAAGUCUUAAGGAAUAGGAGUAUGAGAGAAGGAACAUUUGAGGUAAGUAAUUAAUUGUUUGAAAUUGUGACAUUGUAACCAGCUGUGCAGUACAAGUACACAUCCAGUGAAAAUAAAGCAGUUGCAAUCAUA